AUGCUCAUCAAGAAAUGGUGCAAAGCUAUGCAGAAAGAAAUUGAUGCUCUUGAGGCUAAUCAGACAUGGGAUGUCACUGAUCUACCCCCCUCCCGGAAGAAAGCUAUCAGCAGCAAAUGGGUGUAUAAAUUAAAAUUCAAUUCCGACGGAACACUUGAAACACACAAAGCUCGCUUGGUUGUAAUGGGGAAUCAUCAAAAAGAAGGGACAAACUUCAAGGAAACAUUUGCUCUUGUUGCUAAAAUGACUAUUGCUCCUCGCUAUUGGUUUUCGAAGUUGUCUACUGCUCUUCGGGAACUUGGUUUUACGCAAAGCUAUCAGGACUACUCAUUAUUUUCCUUACGCCAAGGGGAGCUUAUUCUUCAUGUUUUGGUGUAUGUGGAUGACUUUGUUGUUAAUGAUCUUCAUGCCAUCAACGAAUUUAAGCUUCAACUCAACAAGUGUUUUCAUAUGAAGGAUUUGGGCAAGCUUAAAUAUUUUCUUGGGAUUGAGGUUUCUCGGGGUCCAGAUGGCUUUUGUCUAUCCCAACGCAAGUAUGCUCUCGACAUCAUCACUGAAGUUGGUCUCUUAGGUGCCAAACCAUCUCUAGUUCCUAUCGAGCAGAACCAAAAGCUUGCCUAUGUCAAGGGUCCUGCAUUUGAUAAUCCGGAGCAGUAUCGACGUUUAGUGGGCCGGUUCAUCUACUUAACAAUCACCAGACCGGAUUUGAGUUACGCUGUGCAUAUUCUUUCUCAGUUUAUGAAAGCACCUCUCGUGGCUCAUUGGGAAGCUACCUUGCGCCUUGUUCGUUACCUCAAAGGUUCUCCUACCCUAGGUAUCUUCCUCCGUUCAGAUAGCGAACUUCAUAGCAGUGCUUAUUGCGACUCCGACUACAAAGCCUGUCCUAGAACAUGUUGGUUUCUCUCCGCCUACAUUGUUUACUUGGGAGAUUCACCGAUUUCUUGGAAGACAAAGAAACAGAAGACAGUUUCCUCGUCUUCUGCUGAAGUGGAGUACCGUGCUAUGGCCUAUACUCUAAAGGAAAUCAAAUGGCUCAAAGCUCUUAUGCGAACCUUGGGUGUUGAUCAUCCACAACCUAUCGACCUUCAUUGUGACAAUCAGGCCACCACAUAUAUAGCUGCUAAUCAUGCCAAGCUCAUCGCUACUCAACACAUUUCUACCUCCGAUCAGGUGGCUGAUCUCUUAACCAAAGCAUUGCCUGGAUCAACAAUUGCAAGAUUGAUGUCCACGCUUGGCGUCGGUCAUUACGUACCACCAACGUGA